GGCUCUGAGCGCUUUGUCCCUCCCCAGCACCGGGCGCCAUGGCGUUGGAAGGCGGCAUGAAAUGCGUCAAGUUCCUGGUUUUCUUCUUCAACUUCUUGUUCUGGCUCUGCGGCAUUGCCCUCAUCGUCAUCGGGGUCUUAGUGCAGCUCGAGCUCAACAAGACACUGAUCAUGAGUAGCCCUUCGGCCUCGGGCGCCCCCAUCGUCAUCAUCGUGGUGGGCGUCGUCAUCUUCUUCGUCUCCUUCUUCGGCUGCUGCGGGGCCUCAAAGGAGAACUACUGCAUGGUCACCACGUUCGCCGUCCUGCUCACCUGUAUCUUCCUGGUGGAGAUCGCGGCUGCCAUCGCCGGGUACAUCUUCAAGGACAAGGUCCGCACCGCGCUCCAGGGCGGCCUGGAGGAUGCCAUGAAGAAAUACAGCAAGGACGAGCUGGUAGCGGAGACCAUGAACGAACUGCAGAAGAAAUAUUCCUGCUGCGGAGCCCAUAACUACACAGACUGGUUCAAAUACGAACCGUUCAAAAGCAACCACAGCGUCCCCACAUCCUGCUGCCAGGCGAACGCCACCCUGUCCACCUGCAACGUCAAUCCCACCGCUGACACCAUCAACGUCCAAGGCUGUGCGGAGAGCAUCGAGGCCUGGCUGAAGAAACAUAUUGUGAUCGUGGCGGCCGUGGCGCUGGGCAUCGCCUUCUUCGAGCUCCUGGGCAUCGUCUUCGCCUGCUGCCUCAUGAGGGGGAUCCGGCGCGGCUACGAGGUCAUGUAGCGGCCGGGCGGGGUCGUCCUGCCCCAGCCAGGACUCUGGGGGGUUGGGGGUGUCUCUGCCCCUUUAAGCCGUCAGACCCGCCUUCUUUCCGCAGCGCCCCCUGGUGGGCAGCUCCUGUCCUGCAGCGGUUACCAUAUUUCCUCUAAUGGAGGGGCAGCAGGUGCCUUAAAUAUUUGCCAAACCCCCUCCCCCUUUUCUUUCUUUAGCUGCCCCUCCCCCCCACCUCUCCAGUGUCGGGGGAGGGGAGUCCGGGGG